UGUAUUGUGCUAUUUUUUGCUCUAGAAACUUAACCAUUUGUAGAGAAAAAGGAACAGUCAAAUUUUCACACAUUGAAGUUUCAUUCUGACAUAAAAUUUAAUGAUAAAUAUUAAUAGACAUCAAGCUUUGUAUUUUAGCCAACAUAAGUACUUUCAACAAACUCAGGUGGUCUAUCAGGGAGACAUUUUCUGGGUGUAUUUGUGUAUUUUCGACCAUGAGAUAGAAUGCAUUCUAAUGCAAGGCUGUUUCUCUGCAGGAGUUAUUCCUGAUGAGACUAAGGCUUUGUCUCUCUUGGCACCAGCUAAUGCUGUGGCAGGUCUGCUGCCUGGAGGUGGACUCCUGCCUACUCCCAACCCACUUUCUCAGAUUGGUGCUGUUCCUUUAGCUGCUUUGGGAGCUCCUGCUCUUGAUCCUGCCCUAGCUGCACUUGGUCUUCCUGGAGCAAACUUAAACUCUCAGUCUCUUGCAGCAGAUCAGCUACUAAAACUUAUGAGCACAGUGGAUCCAAAGUUGAACCAUGUAGCUGCAGGUCUUGUCUCACCCAGCCUGAAAUCAGAUACCUCCAGUAAAGAAAUAGAGGAAGCUAUGAAAAGAGUACGCGAAGCACAGUCACUCAUUUCUGCUGCUAUAGAGCCAGAUAAAAAAGAUGAAAAACGAAGGCAUUCAAGAUCACGAUCACGAUCGCGGAGGAGGAGAACUCCUUCUUCUUCUAGGCACAGACGAUCAAGAAGCCGAUCGAGGAGGAGGUCCCAUUCAAAGUCAAGAAGCAGGCGGCGAUCUAAAAGUCCAAGGCGGAGGAGGUCUCAUUCGAGAGAGAGAAGCAGAAGAUCUAGGAGCACAUCCAAAACCAGGGAUAAAAAGAAGGAAGAGAAAGAAAAGAAACGUUCUAAAACUCCACCAAAAAGCUACAGCACAACAAGACGAUCUAGAAGCACAAGCAGAGAAAGACGGCGCAGAAGAAGCAGGAGUGGAACAAGGUCACCUAAAAAGCCAAGGUCCCCUAAAAGAAAACCGUCCCGAUCUCCAUCUCCAAGAAGACAUAAAAAGGAAAAGAAAAAGGAUAAAGAAAAAGAGAGAAGCCGAGAUGAGAGAGAACGGUCAACAAGCAAGAAAAAAAAAAGCAAAGACAAAGAGAAGGAUCGAGAAAGAAAGUCUGAGAGUGACAAAGAUGUAAAGCAGGUUACAAGGGAUUAUGAUGAAGAAGAACAAGGAUAUGACAGCGAGAAAGAAAAAAAAGAGGAAAAAAAAGUGGCCGAAUCUGCUUCCCCCAAAAUCAAAGAGUCUCCAGUGGAUAAAGGAAGUGGAGAUGGAGCAAGAGAAUCCAAAGUAAAUGGGGAUGAUCAUCAUGAAGAGGACAUGGAUAUGAGUGACUGAAAGUUGCCUUUGCUGUGAAUGCAGCUGCAGACGUGCAUCAGUGUCAUUCCUGUGUGAUUCUUUUAUGCUGUACUUGUUUAAUCCUAAAUUUAGAUGUAUACAGCUCUAAACUAUUAAUGGUUGUAAAGCUCCUGAUAUUAAUUUACAUCAAAAGCUUUAUAAAAAGUGGUCCAUGGGUAACCAUUCUUGUAUGGCCAAAUGGGAUUGGGUAGCCAAGCAGUUCUUACUAACUUGGUACUGUUUCAAGCAAAAGUGAAAAGCUGCAUGCAUCUACAGCAGGCAUGGGUUUUUUAUGUUGUAUGAUCUCCUUUAGUAAAUCAGCUCACUUAUGAUAGUGUUUCUAGAGUUUGAUUCAUUGCAGUAAUAGAGCAGUAUAGGGAAUGCACUGACUGCAUGUUAAUUGUGGCAGAAACAUCCUAAAUGUUCUAAAACUCCUACGAUAUAUGAUGGAUCUACUAAAGGUCUUAAGUGUGACUACACGAAAAAGAUUGUUACAUCUGGAAAUAAGCAUUCUGAUCUAGGUAGAUGAUCUUUUUUGGCCAUGUGGCUGAACGUUUUUUGUGGAUUUUGUUUGGCUUUGACAAGGUUAAAAUGCACUAACCUUUUUGAUGGCUUUUUUACCCAAAGCCAUCUUGGGCAGUGAAGAGUAGCAUACUUCAGUGGUUCCUAACUUUUCCUUCUCUUAAGCGGGGGAAGGUAAAAUUUCCUAAUGUAGUAAUGCAGAAUCUCCACCUGCCUAGUGUCCAGUCAUUAGAGGUUGCUUUGUGCAGUUUUCAUAACCCAGUUUUUUACUUUAGGUUUUACUUGUUCAUGAGCUAAACACAUUGCAGAAAGGUAGUGCAUUUUAAAAUUGACCUUUGUAUGCUUUUAAAAGCAAGUCUACUUGAUAAUGUACUUUUUACUUGAUCUCAAGUUGUAUAAACUAAUAAAUUUUGUGUUUACUGUCACUGCAGUAGUAAUCUUAUGCACACAGUGAUUCCAUGUUAUGCAAAGUAGUUAGGCAAGCUGUUUUCUUAGUUACAGAAGUUUUUGGAGCUAUUACUUUUGUGCAGGUAAAAACAAAAGUAGGCUACAGUCUGUGCCAUGUUGAUGUACAGUUUCUGAAAUUGUUUUACAAGACUUUGAUAAUAAAACCCUGAAACUCAUGCUCAUGUUCCUGUAAAA